AUGGCUAAUACUGGAUAUAUUGACACGUUAAAGAAACCCCAGACAGGGACGAAUACCAUUGGGCUUUAUGCUGUGCAAUGCGGUGAAUGCUUUAAAAGGAGACUCAUAUCCAACGAAGAAGAGUGUGAGGUGAUCAGGAGGAACCUUUCAUUGUUGGAACCUUUCACAUGCAAUAAGAAGCCUGACGUCUCAUGCGCUGAUCCAGCUGAUAUUGAAAAGGAUGCUACCAGGACCUGGGUGAUUGACAAGCCUAACAUCCCAAGGACCCCAGUUGGUUUUAAGAGAAAGCUGGUUCUUAGAAGGGAUUUUUCUAAAUUGGACGCUCAUUAUGUGACCCCCACUGGGAAGAAAGUUAGGUCUAGUACCGAGGUGGCCAAGUACCUAGAAGAAAAUCCCAAGAUAAAAGGUGUAUCUGUUACUGAAUUCAGCUUUACGGUACCAAAGGUGGUGGAGGAGACCAUACCAAAGGAUAUCGAGAGGAAACCUUCUGCCAAGAAAGCUAAAGAUUCAAAGCCUGCUGAUACUUGAAAUAGCUAUCAACUUAUUAAGUGUUUGUAAUCCUAAAUCCUGUCUGAAACCGUUUUCUUUGUAGCUUACUAGUGCCUUUAAGUUUUGCUACUGAUGCUUCAUGCUUG